AUGGAGAUAGUAAUUGCAUCAUUGGCUUUAGUUGUUGUAUUGUGGUGUAUAUGGAGAAUUUUGGAGUGGGUUUGGCUUAAACCUAAGAUGCUUGAGAGUUACCUGAGAAGACAAGGUCUUGUCGGAACUCGUUACACGCCUCUUGUAGGAGAUGUGAGAAGGAGUUUUAGCAUGUUGAAGGAAGCAAGAUCCAAACCGAUGAAACCAACGGAUGAUCUCAUCUCACUUGUCAUGCCUUACUCUUUUCACAUGCUCAACACUUACGGGAAGACAUUUUUCACAUGGUCAGGACCCAUACCUGCCAUAACAAUAAUGAAUCCACAGCUGAUCAAAGAAGUGUACAACAAGUUUUAUGAUUUCGAGAAGACGCACACGUUUCCUUUGACUUCAUUGCUAACUGAUGGACUUGCUAAUGCCGAUGGAGAUAAAUGGGUGAAACACCGGAAGAUUAUCAACCCGGCAUUCCAUUUUGAGAAGAUUAAGAAUAUGGUCCCUACGUUUUAUAAAAGUUGCAUCGAGGUCAUGUGUGAAUGGGAGAAGUUAGUUUCAGAUAAAGGGUCGUCGUGCGAGCUUGAUGUUUGGCCAUGGAUUGUGAAUAUGACCGGAGAUGUGAUCUCUCGAACCGCUUUUGGUAGCAGUUACAAAGAAGGACAGAGGAUAUUCAUAUUACAAGCAGAAUUAGCCCACCUCAUCAUACUAGCUCUUGGAAAGAAUUACAUUCCUGCAUACCGGCAUUUCCCAACUAAGAAUAACAGAAGGAUGAAAACAAUAGUCAAAGAAAUCCAAGUCAUACUAAGAGGGAUCAUUAGCCAUAGAGAAAAGGCGAGAGACGCUGGAGAAGCACCGAGUGACGAUUUGUUAGGUAUACUUCUUAAAUCGAAUUCAGAGCAAAGUAAAGGAAAUGGACUGAACAUGGAAGAAAUCAUGGAAGAGUGCAAGUUGUUUUAUUUUGCGGGACAAGAGACCACUUCAGUACUUUUGGCUUGGACUAUGGUUUUGUUAAGCCAACACCAAGACUGGCAAGCUCGUGCACGAGAGGAAGUGAUGCAAGUUUUUGGCCAUAACAAACCUGAUCUACAAGGCAUUAACCAACUCAAAGUUAUGACAAUGAUUAUAUAUGAAGUCCUGAGGCUAUAUCCUCCAGUAAUCCAGAUGAACAGAGCGACUCACAAAGAGAUAAAGCUAGGUGAUAUGACACUACCAGGCGGUAUUCAAGUCCAUAUGCCUGUUCUGCUAAUCCACCGUGACACUAAGCUUUGGGGCGAUGAUGCAGCGGAGUUCAAGCCCGAGAGGUUCAAAGACGGGAUCGCAAAGGCAACAAAGAACCAGGUCUGCUUCUUGCCUUUCGGGUGGGGACCGAGGAUUUGCAUCGGUCAGAACUUCGCUCUGUUGGAAGCAAAGAUGGCUCUGGCUUUGAUUCUUCAGAGAUUCUCCUUCGAGCUUUCACCUUCCUAUGUUCAUUCACCUUACAGAGUCUUCACUAUACAUCCACAGUGUGGGGCUCAUCUUAUCCUGCACAAGCUUUGAUACUAUACUCCACGUGAUGUUAUCAAAACUUAUACAUAUGAGAAACAAAAUUUCAUAGAGGAAUUUAUUCAAGAUAAUAGUCAUAUUAACCAUGUUUUGAAUUGAGAAUGCUUCCCUAAUAACAACUAAUCCAUCUAUUUUUGAGUAUUAUUUUAUACCAAAUAGAAAUGCCUUAGUGGAAGAGAUGAUAUUUAAAUAAGAAUCUACAAAUUUGGGGAAAAAAUCUAUAAAGUUUAAAAUCUCUCAACUUUUGAAAUACACAGUUGUAACUCCCCAAUAAAAGCAAAAUUGAU